CUCGACGACGCGGAGUGGAGAAAAUGAUGCAGCCUCAGAUCAGAGAGAGGACGGACUCAAGGACAUCUUUCCCGCUCUAGAUGCAACACACGCCUGGUCACCCACACUGCUGUGCAUGUUUUUAGUCGUAACGAACCCGAGUCGUCUGGCGUCCCUGGACAAGUUGAUUCACUAUCCAACUGGACAGCACUCAGAGGAUGCCUCCGAAGCGAAGCACACCACGACCGGUGUCUCGCUAGCGAAGGAAGCAACAUUCUCUCCAACACGAUUAUCACCAGAGGACUUCGUAUGUCGAGAAGAAGUAGAAUUAAUGACACUUCUAGGGAUAGUCGUUGAACCUUGUACCUCUGGUACUCGUCACGCUAGCAUCUCUGUUAGCGGUGGCCAAGGCCACGUGUCAACCGCUGUUGAUGGUGCUGCGGGUAUUAAAAAGGUCGACACGGAGCAGUCAAGCGCGCUCUUGCAGGAAGCUUCCAGUAUCGCAGAGUUCCUAGC